AUUCUGUCGACACUAGUCAGACUAAAUCAAAUAGACAUCAUAGGUCUACAAGAAACAAAGCUAAACCACAAAGACGAGGAAGAAAUAAACCUUGAAAACCCAAAAAUAAUAUUUAUCAACAACCCAACCGAUAACAACAACACCACCGCAGGAACCGCCUUUGUCAUAAACAAGGACAAAGUACAAAACAAAACAUGGACGCACACCAUAGUAAUCCCAGGCAGACUAUCUGUCCUAAACUUUAAAAACACUGAAUCGCAACAAUUCAAAAUAAUAAACUUAUACAGCCCAAAUGACCAAACCCCAAAAAAGGCCUUCUAUGAAGAAGUCCUGAGAUAUAUAUCAUCUCAACAAUGGACGAACCCCAUCCUCAUAGGAGACUUUAAUAUGGUAGAAAAAGCCAUAGACAGAUACCCAGAACACCCUGAUGACAAUGGACUAACAAAAAUUGUCAACCAAAUAAUAAACAAAUUAGAACUCAUCGAUGGUUGGAGAGACAAAUACACCGAAACAAAAGAUUACACAUUCACAAAAAGAACCCCUCUUGCCACGGCAAGACUUGAUUGUAUAUACGUUCAAAAACAAAUACUCGAAACCACAGAACAAUGGAAAAUAGAUGAAUCAUGCAACCUGAGUGAUCACCGACUAGUCUUGGUAACGAUCACACAAUCAGGAUUGCCAAAACUGCAUGAAGGACUGUGG